GUCAACAUGGCAGACCUCAACCUCAACGAGAUCCACGACUUCAUGAUCUCCGUCGCCAAAAGCGCCGCCGCCCGCAUCACCUCCGCCACACCAACUACCUCAUCCUCCGGCUCAAAAAAGAACUCUGUCGACCUCGUCACCGAAACCGACCAAGCCGUCGAGAAACUAAUCUCCACCUCCCUCCGCGAAAAGUACCCCGACUUCUCCUUCAUGGGCGAGGAGACAUACAAGCCCGGCGACACACUCACGCCCGCGCCGACAUUCAUCUGCGACCCGAUUGACGGCACAACGAACUUCGUACACCGGUAUCCGUAUGUGUCGAUAUCGCUGGGGCUGGCGAUUGAUCUGAAGCCCGUGAUUGGCGUGGUGUAUAAUCCAUUUACGCAGACGCUGUACUCAGCGAUUAAAGGGCAGGGCGCGUACUUGAAUCAGACGACGAAGCUGCCGCUGACACCGCCGACGCCGCUUGAGACACUGAAUACAUGUCUGGUCGCAGUUGAAUGGGGAAGCGAUCGCAGUGGGAACGACUUCACGGUCAAGAGCGAGACAUUCAAGAAUCUGGCAGCGACGAAGGAGAACGGCGGGGGGAUGGUGCAUGGGCUGAGGUCAUUUGGGUCUGCAGCAUUGAACUUGUGUGGAGUAGCAAGUGGGGGGUUGGAUAUCUACUGGGAGGCUGGCUGCUGGGCGUGGGAUGUCUGUGCUGGGUGGAUUAUCCUCGAAGAAGCUGGCGGUAUCAUUGUUGAUGCGAACCCUGGGAACUGGGAGCCGAGAGUGGACGAGCGAAGAUACAUGGCUGUGCGUGGUGGAGAAGGACAGAAAGAUAUCGUCGAAGAGUUCUGGGGCCUGGUGCAUGGCAAGUUCGAGGUUGGCAUAUAGACAGCUGGUCUC